AUGAAAGCUCCAUAUUUUAUCCUGACAAGCGGGGACGCGGAGAUUCGGGCUGCGUCGCCUCUAUUAGUCAAGAUCUCGACAGCCUCGCAAGGUCCAGUCUGCGUCGUAUCGUCCCCUGUGUUAAGGAAUGCGGAGGGUGUUAGGCUUGACACAAAUGCUACUCGCGGAAAUGCAGAUCCUAUCACGCUUCUUGUUUUGCCAGACUUCCUUAGUGCUUUCGGGAGGUGGCAGAUUUCGUCGUUGGGGGAUUGGGAUUGGUGUCUACCCCCCCCCCCCGAGCGAUGUCUGACUUCCUCCUCCGUCCGCAGGGGCAAAUUCGCCGCCGUCAGGAGGGCUCGCCACCGCUCCACCAACCAGGUCUUCGCCGCCAAGUACGUGAAGCGGCGGCGUCGCAACGUCUCCCUGGAGGGCGAGGCCAGACACGAGGUCGCCGUCCUUCUGCUGGGACUCCGGGACCCUCAGAUCAUACGCCUCCAUCAGGUCUACGAGACAAGGACCGAAUACAUCAUCCUGCUUGAGUUUGCCGGCGGCGGCGACCUGCAACGCCUGCUGGACGACGCCGGGGUCAUUCCCGAGUGCGAAGUGCGCGCCAUCCUGCAGCAGGUCCUCCGCGGCCUCGCCUUCCUGCACACCAACGCCAUCGCUCAUCUGGACAUCAAGCCCCAAAACCUAGUGAUGAUGGGAGAUACACCCGACGCAGGUGUCAAGCUGGUUGACUUCGGGUUGUCACGUGUCAUCUUCCACGGGGCAGAAAUCACACAGAUCAUGGGCACUCCGGACUAUGUUGCUCCAGAAGUGAUCAACUUUGAACCCAUUAGUCUUUCAACAGACAUGUGGGCAAUCGGAGUGCUAACUUACGUUUUCCUGAGUGGCUGCACGCCCUUCGGAGGAGACACUGACCAGGAGACCUUUGUCAACAUCACCCAGGCAGAGUUCGACUUCCCGGAGGACCUGUUCGCCGACGUCUCCGAACAAGCCAAAGACUUCAUCUGUGGCCUUCUUGUCAAAAAACCGAGUGACAGACUUACAGUUGAUGAUUGUCUUAACCAUGCAUGGAUGACUGCACCUUUGACUCCAGUUCAUGCAUCUAUUCUGACUGAACCAUACACCGAAGACACUGAAGAGCCAACAGACUUCCACAAUGGAUAUGAAGACAACUACACCUCGAACGAUCACCUGUACCCCUUGGCUGAAACUGACCAUGCUGACUCAGCUUACUCUAGUGACUCAAGCAGCAGUCCCACAUUCACAGAAGGAUACAGCUCGCUGGUUGUGCCUCCGCUGUGCCACUGUACCAUCCCAGAAGAACAGCAGCAGCAGCAACAGAUACAGCAGAGCCAGAAGCAGAGCCGGAAGCAGAUACAGAUUGGUGCCUCAGCCACUCUUGGGAGGAAGCAGGGGCGCAAGGGUCAUCGCCUGAGCGUAGACAUGGAAGACACACUACGCUCACUACACCACCCCCACCCCAUCCGUGCGACGAGAAGGGCAUCACUCGUUAUUGAUGAUCCUCGCUACCUCCACGAGGCAACCCAACACCUCCAUGAAAUCGUCAGGCCCUUGGCAGAAACAACACGACCCCUGCCUGAGGAAGGGAUUGUCACCCGUGAUUCUGAUGUCGACAGUGGUGUGUCCUGCCAUGACUGUGAGGAUUCCCGGGUGGAAAACCCAAGACUGUGUCACUCCGAUUCCUAUGAUGGAGGGGAUGCAGCCAGUGUUGUGUCCUGGGAUGACUACUCAGACCUUGGAGGUAGGAGGCCUUCUCUCACGCAUUUUGACCAUGCUACCCUGUGCUCUGUGGCUAAGCCCUGGGAGAAGUUAUGCACCGGUUCUGUGUCACGAGCCAUUACACAGCUGACCGUGAAAAAGGUUUCAAAGUCUUCCGAACUCAGAGGAUCCAAAGCUGACCUUAGGGGAUCCAAAGCUGAUCUCCGAGGAUCACGUACCGACCUUCAUGUUUCCAAAUCUGAACUGAGGGCAUCAAAGUGUGAUCUCAGGGCAUCAAAAUCAGAUCUUAGGGCCUCUAAGUCAGAUCUCAGAUCAUCAAAGGCAGAGAUGAGGGCUUCCAAGUCAGAUCUAAGGGCAUCCAAAGCAGAUUUAAGGGCAUCGAGGCAGGACCUUCGUGCAUCAAAAUCAGACCUGCGAGCCUCGAGGUCAGAUUUACGAGCCUCAAAGUCAGACUUACGAGCUUCCAAAUCCGAUUUACGAGCUUCGAGAAGUGACCUCCGGGCAUCAAGAUCAGACCUCCGCGGCUCGAGGACAAACCUUACUCUGUCUAGGCUGGACCUUGCACACGAGACACUAGACAAUGAUUGUGUGCUCGAGGAUGAAGCCGAGGAUGUGCUACGCGGAGAUCUUACACUUCCAAGGCGCAGUAACCUAGACAGAACAGCCCUCGCCCCGUUUAUGAGGGGCAAUUCCUUACAUAUGAGUUUCAGGCUGCCCAAGCAUCGGGAUGUGCGUAUUUGAUGACACCUACAAACUAUAACAUCCCCUCCAUGUGUACUUAAUAUACAAUGAUGCUAAUAUGUUCUAGUCAUAACUUAUGCAGGAUGUGAGGGUUGGUAAUCACAGAUAAUGAAGAACCUGAUUAAUACUGCUAUUUGAGCAUCAAGGUAAUCCCUAAACAGUUAGAUUGUCAGCUGCCAAGUAACCAAAUAUAUAACAAGGACUAGACCAUUUGACUAGCCCUAAAUCAUAGUCAUAUUUCUAAGUAACUGAGACUUCUGCAAACAAGAGCCACAUCAGGGGAUUGAUUCUCUGCUUGUUGGCUUCUGGAGCUGGUCUCUGAAACGUAUUAUUCCUUGGUGAAUAUAUGAAUCAAAGAAGAGACAAUAUGCGUCAUUAUUGACUGUUGAAAAAGAUGAGUUAUUCAGACCACAUACAUUAUCCUAUUUUCCUUUUCUCUCUUUUCCUUAUUUUCUCCUUUGUUUCCAUUCUUCUGGAUAUCCUUAUAUGUAUACUAGUGUUGGAUAACUGUCGGAUAGUCAUGUAUUACAAGCCAUGAGAUGUAAACACCUCUUUUUCUUAUUACAAAUAAGGAAUACAAUAGCCAUUGAUUCAGCCUAGGUUGUUUACUAAUCAUGGCAGAUGAGAGGCUUCAAUAUUACCACAACUUGUGUUCGUAUGGGCUCCUCCAGCUGAGCUCUGCAGUCAUCCAUGCUGGAGGCAUUGUUGGAGACGGAACUCCCGAAGAAGCAGCAAUUAAGACUGAAAAUUGCAAUAACAUUUCCACGUGAAAACAUUCCUGUGUUGUUGGUGUGCUAUUCUGUUAAAUGAAAUGCAUUAAAUACCUAUUAUAUUAGCUGAUACCUAACUGUAUUCCCUUUUGGCAUAGCAACAGAAUUUGUGUUUAAUAAUUGUUUUUUUUUUAAUUUGACAAGAAAUCUGUAGAGAAUUUACAGCAGUUUUAGCUUCCUGAUUUGCACUCGUUAACAGGAAGAAUCACACAGGUGCUAUAGCUUGUAAAGUUCUCUCACAAUUCUAUAUAUUUUUAUCUGUUUACCUUUACUUUUAUUUAUAAGUUUAAUUCCCAAAUACUUGUAUGGCUUUAUCACAAAUAAGAUGAGUUCUUAUAA